UGGCAGCUUUAGAGCUGCAGAGUCAACAAAAGAAAGAAAAAUCUCUAGGUGCAUUAUUAUUUAAGAAUAUAAGGGGUGCCUCUAAAAACAGACAUUUACUGUUAGAUGAUGCAAAUAAUUCACUACUGACCAUAAACACAAUGUAAAGCUCAAUGUUUUUAUAAUUUUUUACGUAUUAACAGCAUUAUAUUAAUAAACCUCUUCUAGUUGAACCAUACUGGUCUGUCACUGGUUAAUGAUGCAGCAACUACGUCGCAACACUGAGGAGGGGCCUCAGCAUCGCCAAGCCCGCCGCCUCUCUCCAGGGACGGCCCUCAGCGCCCCGCCGCCGGAACUACAUGUCCCGGCGUGCCCCGCGGCGCAGGCGGGCAGGGUGCUGUGUGGCGCCGGACUGAGGCGGUGGUGGAACGGUUGGUGCUGGCAGGCGGCGGGCGGCGUGGCUAUGGGACGCCUCGUAGGGCUUCCUGACGGCCCGGCAGCCACCCUGCUCCUGCUCCUCUGCGCCGCCGCAGCCUCCGUCGUGCUGUGCGGCCGCCUGGCGGGGGGCAAUGAGAGACCCAUCAUUGGGAUAUUGGCACAGGAGUGUCACUUUGAUAAAUUCCACAGAUUUGGAAGUUCCUAUAUUGCAGCUUCAUACGUGAAGUUUUUGGAAUCUGCUGGUGCCCGAGUUGUGCCAAUAAGAUUAAAUCUUUCAGAUGAAGAAUAUGAUAAAAUAUUCCACUCUAUUAAUGGGGUACUUUUUCCAGGAGGCGGUGUGGAUCUUAAGACUUCAGAAUAUUCCAGGGUUGCUAAGAUAUUUUACCACAAGGCAUUAGAGGCUAACGAUAAAGGAGAUUAUUUCCCAGUAUGGGGAACAUGUCUUGGACACGAAGAGCUUACGUAUCUCACAAGUGGCAAAGUUUUGCUUGUUAAUACCAAGACAAAUGGUUUUGCACUCCCUCUGAACUUUACCUCAGCUGCAAAAACCAGUAGAUUAUUCAAGAAUUUCCCUAAUGAUGUAUUACAUGCACUUGCUACUGAGCCAUUGACAUCAAACUUUCACAUGUGGAGCCUUUCCCUGGAGAAUUUCACAAAGAAUGAAGAGCUUCGUAAUUUCUAUAAUGUUUUGACCACUAACAUGAAUGAUCAAGUGGAGUUUAUAUCUACCAUGGAAGCAUACAAAUAUCCAAUUUAUGGUGUCCAGUGGCAUCCAGAGAAAAAUCCUUUUGAGUGGAAGAGUUCACCAGGCAUUCCACAUUCCCCGUCAGCUGUAAGAGCAUCAUAUUAUGUAGCUGACUUCUUCAUUAAUGAAGCCCGGAAGAGCUUGCACCAUUUUCCCAGUGAAGCUGAGGAAACAAAAGAAUUGAUUUAUAAUUAUACUCCAGUAUAUACAGGAACAUUUUCUUCAUUUCAGCAAAUCUAUUUUUUUGAUUGAAUAUUGUGUCAAAGGUGUGGUGUUGCUAUUUAUAAAUGGAAUUAUUUGCCAGCAUUGAGUAAUUAAGCUGAUGUAGUGCACUGCACAUGACAGAAAGCCAGCACAGUUCUUUUUCUUUGUAAUGAUUUAUUCUGUUUCUUCUGCAUUUGUGGACCAUUAAUAUAAAGUCUAUAUUUAAUAACAUAAUAAUUGUCUUGGAUCACACUUUUAGGGAAGCUGAUGAAAAAUAGCUUUUUCUUCAAGGGAAAAGGUUUUGAUUAUGCUUAUGAACUUGGAAGUAAUCAUAUUUAGUACAAGGAAAAACACUGUAUUCAUGUGUUUUAAAACAUGAGAGUUAUCUUUGUAAAUGUUGUGGGCUAUGAUAGCAUGAAAGGCUUAGAUACAUUGCUUAGGAAAAUCCUAUCCUUUUCACGUGAUUUAACAAACGAGACUCUUGGGUUUGUCAUAAAUAUGUGUACGUAAACAAGUUCUUGACAGGGGCUAUUUUGUCAUUUGAAAAAUUGACAAAAGUAGUAAGGAGCAUGACAGCAAAGAGACUUUUCCCACACCCCCCCCUGCCCCUAAUAUGCACACUAUAUCCAUUUGUGAAACUGUUUCUCUUGUACAUUCAGCUUUGUUUUGAGUGCUUAUACCUUGUGAGGCCUAUAUAAAUAGGAUGCAGUGUAAACUAGGCAUUGCAAGUCUCAGGUAAAAUGGGUACAUUUAGAGGGCAUAGUUAAGUGCUGAUUUCCAGUUUCUGUUCGUUUCAAAUUCAGUUUUACAUAACUGGAGCCAGAUGAAAGAUGUAGAUGUCUUUUUUUAUUAGUAUUAUUUGAAAGAAUGUAAACCUAUUUUUUUCUUUAUGUAAUCUGACUUUUCCUGUAGCUACUGGAUAGAAUUCUG